GUAGAUUGUGGAGCAUGCGAAAAAAAAGAGAUAGGCAUUUCCAUAUGAACAUAUAUAUUGGAAGAAAUUGUGUGACGACACGCUCUCAGAAUGUGGGGCAUGAAAAUGUCAGGAAACAAUUAUUCUCAUCUGAAGAAAUUGUGACGUCAGUGAUCAACGAAAAGUCAUACCUAAAUAUAUACUGCCGGCAGAAAGAACGCACAAUGCUGAUGAAUAAUGGAAUUAGACACGUCAAGGAAUUGGAUCAAUAGCCAGGCUAUAUCUACAAUAAAUGGUUGCUACACGUGCUUGUCUGUGAAAAGCACGUUCCUAUUUUGCCAUGUGAAGUCAUACAACUGUAUCGAGUUUUAAAAUAACAUUGUUUGCAUGAACUCUUGAUCCCCAUAGAAUAUUGUUACAUAAUAUAUUGUAGUAAUAAGGGACUGCAUAAUACUUAUCUGAUCAUUAUCAUUCUUGUGCGGUGAAUACGAGGAUAAUACACUUAUACGGAGAGGGACGGAGAGGCGUUUCAUCAGAAGGACGGAUGUAUUAAGGGUACACUCAUGUACUUGUCUAGCUAACGCAAGGAUCGGAGUCAUAUUACACGUACAUUGUGGAAAUAUACUAUUGAGGUGACUUGGAAUUGAUGAGGAAGUAUUAUACUACAUAAUUUAAGGCCACGUUUCAACAUCGAAAGAACGAUCUCGCGGUCAAACGGGAAAAAAAAUCCGGAAAACAAAAUCCUCUUUCAUGCAGUUUCACCCCGGAGUUUCACAUUAAGGCCUGUAAAGACGAACAUACAGUGAGAGACAUGGACGCCAACAUGGAAAGCCGUUUGGGAUAUUCAGUACUCAGGAAUUUUGACUAUUCCCAUCCAUUUGAAGAAGGUGUUUUAAACCGAGGAAGGCAAUAUCAUAACAAUGCACAUAUCCACAGCAAAACGUGCCUAGAUUUAUUCUUGCCAACUCAUGAUUUAACGACGACGACGUCCGAGAGCGAGGCGGUGUCUAGUGAUCGUCGUGUAAGUGAAGGAUCGCCAGACACUGGAUGUAAGGGUUCAACAUCUUCACUGGACAGCAAGGGAAUUCCAGGCGGGAUAGAUACUUUGAUUAAAGAUCAAAGAAAUAUAAAAAGCGAGAAGGUAGAAUCGACUGCCUCUUCUUGUGCACCUGACCUUAACACCAUUCCAAAUGAUCCAACUUCUUCCGACGAAAUUGUAAAACAGCGUGAUGUAAAUGGCGCAAUCAGAGGCAAGCGACCACGCCCACCACCCCUCGUGGUGUUCGCAUACGGUGGAGGAUGGCGACGAGGCGACAAGCAAACCUGGCGCCACUACAUAUCACGAUGGGAAUGCAACUUCAGCCUGGCGGCCCUGGUCGGCUGUGACCGCUUAUACAGCAACAUCGGAGAGAGUUUUGCCAGUCAGGGAUUUCCCUGUGCCGUCCUAUCCUAUCCGAUCUCACCAACCCCGUGGUUGAUUCAUCUCAUCGAGAUGGCGAUAUCAUUGGCAUACGCCCUCGCCUACUGGAUUCUAGCAGCUAUCUUCCUUCUGUUAGUCUUUGAGGUCUUGCCAAUGGAUUACUUUUGGGGCAUUUCUAUAAGAGUUCCAGCCAUUCCUCUAAUAGCAGGGGUGAUUACAGUAUCACAAUGGAUUACUCUUGCAAUCAUGAUCUCCCGCGAGUUAUACUUGGACAGGCAACAUCGGUCAGAUAAGAGCAAGACAAUGUCACUAAAAAUGCCAAUCUGUAUAGCACUUGCAGCAACAAUCGCGAUGGUGUCAAGACUAAACAUUUACACCUUGGCAGAAAACAAUGUUCUCUCACUUGUAGUCUCAGGAAUACUGCUUCUUGCCGUUCAAUGCCUGAUCUUCUAUUUCAGGCAGUCAACGACCUUUGACCUUGGGCCGAAACUUGUUACCACUGCAAAGGGUCAAGUGGAGUGUAUAUCGCUUGCUUUGAGGUGGCUUGUAGACUAUGGACGGUCAACUGGUCACUUUGAUCCAGAAUCAUUGGUCCUCAUGGGUCACUCGGCUGGUGGACAUCUGGUGACCCUUAUAGCCCUUGACCAUCACUAUCUGACUAAUGUUGGAAUAUCUCCAGAUGUUAUUAAGGGUGUCAUCACUUUGUCAGCUGUGCAUGACCUUCUGAGUAUAAGCAAAGGAUUCUUCUAUCAUAUCUACUUGAAACCUGCCUUUGGAACAGAUCCUUCUUACUGGGCGACCAUGUCACCUAUUGAAUAUGUCAAGCAGCUUGAUGAGAAUGAGAAUGCACCUUCUGCUACAAGCCAGUCUUCUUCAUCAAAAUCAUCUGUAGGGGAAUCGUCAUCCGCAUCAUCUUCUUUGUCAACGAUAUCAUUGUCAUCAACAACCUCGACCUCAUCAUCCCCACCAUCCUCCUCAUCAUCAUCACCACCGUUAUCAUCAUCAUCAUCCCCAUCACCAUCAACACUCUCACCCGCAUUUCCAACAUCACAACUACCAGUAAAACCAGCUUCUCCAUCUCAAUCACAAAUCCAAAUGUCAUCAUCAUCUGCGUCAUCCUCCUCCUCAUCAUCAUCAUUACCACCAACAAUGGCACAAACUCCAUUACCCGCUCACCGACCCCACUUCCUUAUCAUCAGUCCUGCUCAGGACUUUGUCUUCAUGAUCAAGGAUGCUGACAGGAUGUGCUCCGUUCUAACCCAGAAUGGAUACACAGCCCAUAGGAACUUGAUCCAGGGGUGUGGUCAUUUCAACAUGGUGAGGAAGUUUGGUUGCCCCUGGUAUCGGUACUGGACUGGUGUCCUCCGGCAGGAAGGAGGGUGGGCACCUACUGCAGGGGAAUUGAUGUGUUGGGAGUUUGUCCAACAGUUUUGGAACAAGGAAAAUAAUACUCCUCAAUAGUCACCACAAUUCUCUGAACAUCAGGACAUGAACUUACAUUCUCUUUACCGUGUGUUCUUCAAAAGAAUGGAAGAUAAACAAUGAAUCUCUCAGUAAUGACAUUCAACCAUGGUUGAUAUUCGUGAUAAUUGCGAACAAAGCAGAUAAUUUCUUUACUCUUGAAUUUUCAAAUAAUAAUCUACAAAGAUAAUUGGAUAAAAUUUCAUUUGUAUUCUGUUUCUGUCUAAUAUUCUUGUGUUCUUUGAAAGCAAGUAAGAAGUUCCAACUACUUAGUGAUUUUAUAGGUGGGGAGUUUAUUCUACAGAUGAGGAAUACGGAGUAUAGUUUAAAUCCAUGAUAAUAUUCAACAUAUAUAAAAUCUACUAUGAAAAAAGAUACCAAUGCAAACUUUUCAGAAUUCAUAAUAUAACUGUCAUUUAAUACACACAUGAUACUUUCAAAUCUUUUAAAUGUCAUAAAAAUAUAAUUACAGUCCGCCACAAGAUAUUGUGUAUUGACAAGUUUCUUAGGAAUACAAGCAUGAAGAAGAGAUACACUAUUUCAGAAAUAAACCCUCUAAAAGUGACACAGAUGUAAGAAAUACCAAGCAAGAUUGAGCUCUUUUAAAUAAUAGUUGUGACAUUUUUCUUGAUUCAGAGAGGCAAAUCAUUUUGCCAAUAAACCAUUGCUAACUGCAUCAUUAUUGCUUUCAAAUUUUAACAAAAGAUGAAUAACAAAUGGACACAGUCCCUUUUUAGAAAUUUAACAAAUCUUGUAUUCAUUAAUAAUCUUAACUAAAGGAAGCUUGUUAACAAUGUUGAUCCACUUUCAAAUUUCGUCUGUCAUGACAUGAGAGCAUACUUUCAUGAUGUCUUCCUUUGGUGUGUUACUGUAUACCCCAAAGUAAAACUAUUCGCUAUUAUUCAAUAUAGUCUUUCAGAAUGCAGAGAAGAUAUUUAGUACAUGUAUGAAGAUAUCGCCUCUGAAAGUUUGUUUGCAUAUUAAGCAAUUCAGCAAUUGGAUAUUUGCACUUUAAUUUAUAAAAGUACUUUUGAUUUUAA